CCGAAUGAAUGGGAAGGAUGCUGCCCAACCAAACAGUGGCUCCAGAUUCCAAGAUGACCUCCUUGGCUGUUCCACAGCAGCCCGAGCCAUCAACUUGGGGUGGGAAGAAGGGAAAGAAAACCAGCUGGGCCGUGUUGUUCUUCACUGGAGAGUUGGAGUGGAAGCCUUCCUACAGAUGUACUUCCUUGAGCAGAGCCAUGAAGUGAAGGCUGCCCUAACUCUGCAGAGCGCUUUCCGCCGCCUCUUGGCAUGUCGUGAGAGGGCAAGGAGACUGAAGGAGCAGCAGGAGUACAAUGAGUUAAUGGAGCGCCUCCAGAGAGAGGCCUUUGUUGCACUGGUGAAGAGGGAGCAGGAGGAAGCUGAGCGGGAGCGAAAGAAAGAGGAAGAAGCGAAAAAGAAGCAGCGAGAGGAGCAGCAGAGGAAGAAGCGGAUGUUGGAGGCAGCCUUUGAGGGGGACGUGGAAGAGAUGCAGGCAGUUCUCAGAGAGGUGGCAGAUCUGGAUACUAAGAAUGGAGUCAGAACAGAUGAGAAAGGGAAGGCCAUACGGCUCCGGAACCUGAUCAGCAUGGUGGAAUGCACAGAUGCCAACGGCAACACACCGCUCUCCGAGGCCUCCGGGGGUGGCCACCCUUCGGCCAUCAAGAUGCUGAUCGAAAAUGGAGCCAAUCUGAACAGUCGGGGUGCCUUUAACCGGACGCCGCUGUAUCGUGCCGCAUUCGGAGGCCACCUGGCAGCAGUGGAAAUUCUUCUCCAGCAUGGAGCAGACCCCCGACUUUAUGCUGAUGAUGGCAACACCCCAGGACAGGUUGCCUCUAUAGACAGCUUGGUGGCCAUCCUGAACUCCUGGGAUGUCAGCCUGACAGACUCGAUGCUCCAGAAGAUGGAGGCCGAGCAGCAGCGGAGGGCCCAUCUGGAAGAGAAGCAAAAAGCAGCAGAGACGCACCGAAUGACAGAGGAGGUAGAGCGGUUGGCCAAGGAGUACGAGAGACGCAGCAAGGAGCUGCAGCAGGCCUACUGUGAGCUGAACCGGCGGAUAACUGAGCAUGACAAGUGCCAGCGGAAGCAGAUGGGCAAUGCAGAGGUCACCCUCCACGCCAUUGCGGACGCAGAAGGGGUGGUGCAGAAACUGCGGCUGGAGGGUUAG